GCACCCGAAACUUUCCAGCGCCCGCGCCUCUCGGGGACUCGGCGGCGGCGGGGCGGGGGCGGCCCGGGGGCGGCGCGCUGCUGCUCCGGGCGCCGGGCCCUCCUCGGCCGCGGCACGGCCCUGGCUCGGCGACGGCCGGCCGGAGGGAGGCUCAGAGCGGCGGCACCGCCACAAGUUGCGCUGCUCGCAGCGAGGUAACUGAAGACAGAAAACAGGCCUCAAGAGGAGCGCUCGAAGGAGGCAGGGAUUUGCCUGCAUUUGGCUCUGAGCAGGUCCCGGCAGACGCUUGGCGGUUUGUACGUUCGGAGGCUGGGGAGCCCCCUGGUUCAGAGGUCCACACAUGAAGUCACCCUAAAGAGAGUGGCUCCCGCUUUGUAAAGACCUCAUCGCCGCCAGGUGAGGCUAAGAUGAGCAUAACCAGUGACGAGGUGAACUUUCUGGUGUAUCGGUAUCUCCAGGAGUCAGGUUUUUCCCACUCGGCCUUCACGUUCGGUAUCGAGAGCCACAUCAGCCAGUCCAACAUCAAUGGGACGCUAGUGCCGCCGGCUGCCCUCAUCUCCAUCCUGCAGAAGGGGCUGCAGUAUGUGGAGGCCGAGAUCAGCAUCAACGAGGACGGCACGGUGUUCGACGGCCGCCCCAUAGAGUCCCUGUCCCUGAUCGACGCGGUGAUGCCCGACGUGGUGCAGACGCGGCAGCAGGCCUUCCGGGAGAAGCUGGCGCAGCAGCAGGCCAGCGCGGCGGCGGCGGCAGCGGCGGCAGCGGCAGCAGCCACGGCGGCUCCGGCGGCCCCGGCAGCCGCAGCGGCUGUUUCCCAGCAGAAUCCACCAAAGAACGGCGAGGCCACGGUGAACGGCGAGGAGAACGGAGCGCACGCGAUAAAUAAUCAUUCAAAGCCAAUGGAAAUCGAUGGGGACGUGGAGAUUCCACCCAACAAAGCCACGGUCCUUCGGGGCCACGAGUCUGAGGUGUUCAUUUGUGCCUGGAACCCCGUCAGUGACCUCCUGGCUUCCGGAUCCGGAGAUUCCACCGCGAGGAUAUGGAACCUCAACGAAAACAGCAACGGGGGCUCCACCCAGCUGGUGUUGAGGCACUGCAUACGAGAGGGCGGCCACGACGUCCCCAGCAACAAAGACGUGACCUCGCUGGACUGGAACAGUGAUGGGACACUGUUGGCUACAGGUUCCUAUGACGGUUUUGCCAGGAUAUGGACGGAAGAUGGUAACCUGGCCAGCACCUUAGGCCAACAUAAAGGCCCCAUCUUUGCCUUGAAGUGGAACAAGAAGGGGAAUUACAUUUUGAGUGCUGGAGUCGACAAAACAACAAUAAUCUGGGACGCCCACACCGGAGAGGCCAAACAGCAGUUUCCCUUUCAUUCUGCCCCCGCUCUCGACGUGGACUGGCAGAACAACACUACCUUUGCCUCCUGCAGCACGGACAUGUGUAUUCACGUCUGCAGGCUCGGCUGCGACCGCCCCGUCAAAACCUUCCAAGGACACACAAAUGAGGUCAAUGCCAUCAAGUGGGAUCCUUCUGGGAUGUUGCUAGCGUCCUGCUCCGAUGACAUGACAUUAAAGAUCUGGAGUAUGAAGCAGGAUACGUGUGUCCAUGACCUGCAAGCUCACAGCAAAGAGAUCUACACCAUAAAGUGGAGUCCCACCGGGCCUGCCACCAGCAACCCAAACUCCAACAUCAUGCUGGCAAGCGCUUCGUUUGACUCUACGGUUCGGCUGUGGGACGUGGAGCGGGGCGUUUGCAUCCACACGCUCACCAAACACCAGGAACCCGUCUAUAGUGUAGCUUUUAGCCCUGAUGGCAAAUAUCUGGCCAGUGGCUCCUUUGACAAGUGUGUGCACAUCUGGAACACGCAGAGUGGAAGUCUGGUCCACAGCUACCGCGGCACUGGCGGCAUCUUCGAGGUGUGCUGGAACGCCCGAGGGGACAAAGUGGGCGCCAGCGCGUCCGACGGCUCUGUGUGCGUUUUAGAUCUGCGGAAGUAAACGUGAAAUACCCUAGAAACGAGAAGAGCAUUCGCAUGGACCAGCAGUGAACCUGUGGGGUUGUAGUAACUCUUCAAACACAAUUCCAUCAGCUCCAAACUGUUCGAACUUGACGUUAAAGUAUACUCUGAAAUCAGCUCAUCCCUGGCCACAAGAGUCUAUUUUUUCCUAAUCUUCAUCAAGAAGUUUAAAACAAAAGCAUACACACACCGUCACAUCAAAGAGGGAAAGAACGGUUUCCACCUGGAACAUUCAGCCCGGGAAGCAUGAAGCCACCAGCCAGACAGCGCACCAGCCAUCCAGCACAGGCUCUGAUGGCUAAGAGGAGAGAAACAAAACAACAAAACAAACAGCAAGCUGUGCCAAAAAGAAAAAAAGAAAAAUGCUGUGAUAAAACCAAAAGGGGGGGAAAGACACUCAUCCACGUGGUGGGUAUUUUUUUUUUUUUCCCAAGAAUUUGGACACUACAGUUACUCUCACAAGGAUGUUCAAAGACCAGUUUGUACCGAUGAAAUGGGCGACUUUGUAAUCCCAACACUUUCUAUUUUCUAGAAUCUUUGUCCCGUGGUUUUUCUACCGGCUGCAGUCCUGUCGUCUGGGGCCCUGGGGUCUGAGGUAGUAACUGUUUGGGGUUCGUUGCUUCUUUUCCUGCUGUAGCCUCUUUCCUUCCUUCGUGUCUUGAUUGGCAGCUCCCCUUCCCUAGAGGCAGCCUCUCGGAAGAUGCCGGGAUCUCUGAGGCCCAGCUCCCCCCCCCCAUAGCUGCUUCCCACCUUAGGUCUCAAGGGCACUUUCGUGGCAGAUUUAAUAAGUGCUUUAUGUAAGAAGGCAGGGCAGGGGGACUUUUUACAGGAGAAAAAAAUAAUAAUAAGUGACUUAUAAGAGAAAGAGCCCGGAGUAUUUUUGGAAGAAAAAAAAAAUAUUUUUGUGUUAAAACAAUUUUAAAAUCCUAAAAUGGCCAUCAGACAUAGAGAGCUUUGUGUGAUUCAUAUUUUGAAAAAACGUUAAGACACAGGCAGGGUCGAAAUCGCUUUUCCUGAACUUCGGGAAGGGCGGCCAGGACUCCGGGUGGAAGAGGGCCGGCGGUGGGGCCCACAGCCAGGGAGGGACCCCCGCUUCUCUGGCUCAGAGGUGGCCUGGGCGUCUCUUGGGGUGUGUGGACGGCGGUGGCGGCAGGAGCGAAACGCCAAGGGUGCCCGCGGCCCCGAGCACCAUUCCCCGAAGGAGCGGCGGGGCCGUCGGGCCACUCCUGGGAGGGCCGCCCGCCCGGAGCACCGCGGCCGGGCCUGGCAGAGCUGGCGGGAGCGGCUGGGGACCGCACCGGGCCUGACAGCGACCGAAAGGCACGGGGAGAGAUGUUCCAGCCCGAAGGUGGAUUCCAUACGUACAGCAUCGCUAAUCAUUUCUGCCGUGUUCAUAGUUUUUCUCUAGCAAGGAGAAAGAUUUGCUUUAAAAAAAAAAAUGAAUCUUUUUACUGUUUUUUAUGAAAUUAAACAUGGCUUUGUGUUCCUGGAGGAGUUUCUUUGGAUCAGAUGGCCUUUGUCUUUGUCCUCACCCGACGCUGACCAGGUUUUCAGGUGGGGGGGUUGGUGGGCAGGCCAGGCCCCUGGGCUCGCCCGGGGUCGGGAAGGGGCCACGGGGCUGGCGAUGGGCAGGCUGCAGCCGGGCGUGUGCCCAGUGGCGCCACAGGACGGCCCGCAACGGCGGCGUCCACCCGUGGAGCACAGAGCCGCAGGGCAGGGCAGGGCCGGGCAGGACUCGGAGAACUCACAGAGGUUGGAUCGCGCCAGACCAGCUCCGAAAGCCGGCGCCGUCAUCGCUCUCGGCUCAGGAAUGGGGCUCCGUGGACCUGGGCGCCAUUCGAGCCCAGUCGGUUGAGACCAAAAAGCGCUCUGCGGACGGACGAGUGGAGUGUUUGCUUCGGGCUGUUCGCGAAAGGCUUAGCGAGAAGGUCGGAGCUGCGUGGCGUCUUCCGCCCCCAGCUUUGAAGAUCGCAGAAGCCCCGGAUGCAUCGCUGGCUUCCUGCCCUCUAAAGGGACGAGGCCUGGGAGGCAGUGUGCAGCGCCUCCACCAUCACCAAGUGGACCUCUCGCCAAAUGAAGAUGGGUCGCAUCCGCAGAGCAUGAGCUGGCCAGGCUGACACCGCUUGUGUGUGUGACGGGAGCCGACGAGGGACGCACUCCAAGGGGUUCGCCAGAGACCCUCGCGGGAAGCUCGGGGAGCCAGGGUCCGCAGGUGCGCCGGCUUUAGCCUCCUGAUGAACCGGAGCCACUUGGGAACCGGCGGGUGGGGGCCGGGGCUGUGAGGCCAAGGACGCGUGGGCUCCAUCCCGGCACGAAUGCUGAGGAAAGCCAACCGACCGCGUGCCAGGCUGCCCGGACCGGCCCAGGAAGAAGCCUCCUGGGGGCCCCGGGGGGAUGAGGAUGAGAAGGCAGCCGGCGUCCCUUGAACCCGUCCCCGCUCUGCACACGACGACAGCCCAGCCGUGAGCCGAGCGGCGCGCAGGCGGCAGCUGCGUCACUGUCCCCAGCGGCGCCCCCAGGCACCGUUAGUCCUGGAUAUCAUCUACAGCGCUUAUAAGUCGGGAGGAAAUGCUUAAGUCUCAGAGACCAAAUGAACCUCGGCUCUGAACGCAGAGGUAACACCAGGACCCUCCCCGGAGGUUUCAGUGGGGUUCGGAGCGACAAGAGCUCGUCCUGCACGCGUGGGAAACGAUAACGCCCCCGCCCCCCGGACGUCGGCCCCGCGCGACGCACGGAGACCUCGACCUUGGUUUUGUCUUUCUCAAAAUAGAUCUUGGAGCCAAGUAAAGUGCACUUUGUCAAACUUAAGGGUCUGCUUUGUUCCUCGUUACUUUUCUCUUUUUUUAACCUCUCCUUCCACCUUUUCUUUUUAUUCAAUCGUGUUUCUUGUCAAAUGCAGAAUUGUUCCUUCCGCCGCUCUCACCGACGUUUUGAAUUCUGGCUUCUGCGGUUUUUAUUGUCUGUGUCAGACGUACAGCCAGAUGUGCUCCUCUGUCCGCAUCUUCCAGAUUCCGUUCCAUCCCCGCUCUGUUCUCCCUCCACUCCCCUCACCCUCACGCUCUCCAAGAAAAAGAAUCACCUCGUGUGUCGUAGUUCAUUUGUUUCAAGAGAGAAUCAACAGAUCAUAUUCAGUGUCUUGAAUAAAUUGCUCUAUUUUGAUAGA